AUGGGCUGCAUCCUCGCCGGACUUUGCGUGUGCAUGUUCCUCUUCAUCUGGUGGUGGUUCCCGCGCAUGUACAAGAAGGGCAUCCGCGCCGACAUGGACCGCGUAGACGAGGACAACCGGAUGAGAGUCCUUCACGAGAACGAGCAGGCGGACAUAGAAGCGGCGAGAAGGGCCGAGGCGGGCGAAGGUGACCCGACGAACCCACCGCCAGUAUAUUCGCCGCCUCCAAAGAAGCCGACGACUGUUAUGUACACGCCGCCGGCUUAUACUUCGUACUGA